AUGACGAUGAUGACAGUAGAAGCUCUUCAAAAAGCUGGUCAGAGUCUUCUUUCCAGCGAAAAAACUGAUGUUCCUCUCUUGGAUCAGGUUGUUGAAGUGAUGAAUCGGUCGACAGGGGAUACUCAGAAAAUAGCGUCAGAAAUAUUGACUGAGCUUAAAGAGCAGGAGGGGUCUUGGAUGCGGGUGGAUGGGAUACUAAAAUUUAGUCAGCUAAUUGAAACUAAGUAUUAUGCUCUUCAAAUUUUGGAAUCAUUGGUUCAGACGCGGUGGAAAACUCUGCCUAGGGAACAGUGCGAAGGUAUCAAAGGGUUUAUUGUCGAGUUAGUGAUAAAAAUUAGUAGCGAGAGUCACAUUGAUCCGCAAGUAAAGACUUAUUUGCAGAAGUUGAACCUUGUUCUUGUCCAGAUUGUCAAGCAAGAAUGGCCAAAACAUUGGCCUACGUUUAUGGCGGAUAUUGUUGGUUCCAGUAAAGUCAAUGAUAAUCUUUGUCUGAACAAUAUGGUUGUGCUUCGGUUAUUAAGUGAAGAAAUCUUCGAUUUUGAUGGAGAAAUGACGCAGGCCAAGGCUCAUCACCUGAAGAAAACGUUUUGUGGUGAAUUCCAAGCUGUAUUUACAUUAUGUCAUUCCGUCAUGGAGUCGUCACAAAACGCGGAUCUUGUUGGUGCAACUUUGGAAACCUUGUAUCGAUUUCUUAGUUGGAUUCCUGUAGGUUAUAUUUAUGAGACGAAUUUGAUAGAAUUGCUGACUCAGAAGUUUUUGGGAGUUCCAAUGUUCCGUUGUGUAACGGUGCAAUGCCUCACUGAAAUUGCUUCAUUGAACGUGUCUCAGAUGGACCGUAGAGAGGCUUACAUGGGGAAAGUGAUUGAUAUGCUGAAGCUUUCUAUGUUGCAGGUUGUGUCUAUCAUUGAUCCUCGUGUUGAUUUAUGUGAUGCAUACAGAAGAGGAAGCGAUGUGGAUCAGAAGUUUAUCGCCAGUUUAGCGCAAUAUCUUGGUAGUUUUUUGAAGGAGAAUGCGACUAUUAUUGAAGUUCUGGAUGAUGAUCCAGCACGUAGUGACUUGAAGAGUGCUCAUCAAAUGGCUUUGGAAUAUCUGUUGAAAAUCAGUGUUGUUGAAGACACUGAGAUAUUUAAAGUGUGUUUGGAUUAUUGGAACUGGUUAUGCGCUGAACUUUAUCGUGAGUGUCCUUUCCAAGUCGAAAAGUCCAUAUUUAGUUCAUUCUCCAUGCACAAUCGUGAUUCACCACGUAGGCCGCUGUAUAAUAAAGUCCUUUCUGAUCUUCGGUUAAUAAUGAUCUCGCGUAUGGCAAAACCAGAAGAAGUUCUCGUUGUUGAAAAUGAACAGGGCGAAAUAGUUAGGGAAUUGAUAAAGGAUACGGAUUCCAUCACGCUUUACAAAACUAUGAGGGAAACGCUUGUUUACUUAACUCAUUUGGACCCUCGAGACACAGAAACGAAAAUGAUAGAGAAGCUGCAGAAUCAAGUGAAUGGAGUGGAGUGGUCCUGGAAAAAUCUCAAUACUUUAUGUUGGGCUAUUGGAUCUAUUAGUGGUGCUAUGUUCGAAGAAGACGAAAAGCGUUUCUUGGUUCUAGUAAUUAGAGAUCUUUUGAAUUUGUGCGAACAGAAAAGAGGGAAAGAUAACAAGUCUGUGAUUGCUUCGAACAUCAUGUAUGUUGUUGGACAAUAUCCACGCUUUAUGCGUGCCCACUGGAGGUUUUUAAAAACAGUUGUUAACAAAUUAUUCGAGUUCAUGCAUGAGACCCACGAGGGGGUUCAGGACAUGGCUUGCGAUACGUUCAUAAAGGUUGCCCACAAAUGCAAGAGGCAUUUUGUUGUGGUCCAACACAUGGAAACUAGGCCAUUUAUCGAUGAUAUUCUGUCAGAGUUGAGUUCUAUAAUUUGUGACCUCUCACCUCCACAGGUUCAUGUUUUCUAUGAAGCAGUUGGGUGCUUAAUUUCUGCACAAAACGACCCAGCUAUUCGCGAAAGUCUUAUUGAGAGAUUAAUGCAGUUACCUAACUUCAGCUGGGAAGAAAUCAUUGCUCAUGCCACAAAAGUUGAUCCGGAAGUGGUAAAAAAUAUAGUCAAUGUUUUAAAAACAAAUGUUGCUGCAUGCCGGACGAUCGGUGGACCGUUUAUCCAUCAAUUGUCGAAAAUAUAUCUGGAUACUCUUAAUGUUUAUAAAGUCACUUCCGAGAAUAUUAGUGCGGCUGUUAUGGAAAAUGGUGAAGGAGCAUUAAAACUACCUCUUUUAAAGAAUAUGCGUGCAAUAAAACGUGAAAUAUUAACCUUAAUAUCAACUUGGCGAUCACUUUUAUCGGUAUCGAUCUUAACAAAUGUUGUGUUGGAGAAUUUUGUGCCACCUUUGUUUGAUGCUGUUCUUUUUGAUUACCAGAGGAAUUGUCCAGCUGCUCGAGAACCCAAAGUGCUUUCCCUUUUGUCAAUUAUUGUUACACAGCUACAUUCAGCAAUCAACCCGGAGGUGAUUCGGAUUUUGGAUGCUGUAUUUAGUUGCACCUUAGAAAUGAUCAAUAAAGAUAUGGAGGAGUUUCCUGAGCACAGGUUCAACUUUUUCAAACUAUUAUAUUCGCUUAAUCAUGAAUGUUUUGAAGUAUUUGUUAACCUUCCCGCAGAACUGUUUCGUUUGAUUAUCGACGCAGUUGUAUGGGCCUUUAAACAUUCGAUGCGUAAUGUUGCUGAACUUGGCUUGGACAUUUUGAAGGAUAUGAUAACUCAGUUUGCGAACUAUCCUGAUACUGCAAAAGCACAAGCAUUUUACAAAGUUUUCUUUAUGGAAAUACUGAUUCACGUGUUAUCUGUUGUCGCUGAUAGAAAUCAAAUUAAAAUAGCUGGUUUGAGUUAUUAUGCUGACAUAUUGUGCGCAUUAUUCUACACUGCCGAGUUCGCCAUAACAGAACCGUUAAAUCCACCUCAGCCAAACAUGAAUUUCAUUUACGACCAGAUUAGCGAAACAUUUGCUCAAGCUUUUGAGAAUUUGACUCAAGAUCAGAUUCGUGUUACCAUCAAGGGCUUCUUUUCUUUCAACACUGAGCCAGCGAAAAUGAAGGACCAUCUCCGUGACUUCUUGGUGCAGAUAAAGGAAAGAAUCGGGGAGGACACAUCUGACUUAUUCAUUGAAGAGCGAGAGCAGGAGAUUCAAAAUGUUCAGAACGCUAAAAAUGCGGUUAGUGGGGUUUUGCUUCAAACUGAAAUUACCAAUAUGGUAGUUUCGUAA